AAAUAUGUUUUCUUCAAACAACAAUAUCUCACAAGAUACAAGAGAACUUAUGAAAGAUUAUCUUGCAGAAAGCAGAUUAACUUUACUGCAGAGGAAGGGAUUGUACAGUUUUUUAAGAAACCAAGAUCAGAAACUAGAGAAGACGACAUCUACUGCUAAAGAUAUAUCUACAGGGAAGACGACAUCUACAGUUAGCAACCAAUCUACGGGACGGAAACAGGUGAAAUUCCGGAGAAUCCGGACCCGGGAUAUGAUUGAGAGGAUGGGAGGAUAUAUCAGGGAUACUUCUAAACCACCAUCAUCUACUAAAUGUAUUACAGAGCAGGACAAGGAUAAGCUAAUUCAUUUCAUGGAAUUCAGACAAAAACUUCCAUCAAACCAAUAUAUACAGGAAAUGACACAAAGGCUGGAAAAAGAAAGGAAAGAGAAGUCGGAAAAUGAAAGAUUGAAAGAAGAACAGGAAUCUAAAGAGAUACAGAAGUGCAUUGAGAAGUUAAUCCUGAACUAGCAACUGUAAAUUUGAGUUAUAAAACUUCAAACUUUUAACUUCAUGUCGAGUUUUUACAACGACGUCUGCUGAUUA